AUGUCGUCGAAAUCUAAGUUCAAGAGAGGGUGUGACCAAACAUCUCCGCACCGGCGUGCCUUGACUACUUCCGUGAUUACUUCCGAGACUCCUUCCCAGCCGGCCUCUCGCGGUCCUGAAACAUCGCCGCGGAGCCUACAAGAACGACUUUGGGACGAAGCAUACGAUGGGCUCAAAACAAACGAGUCAAAAACUGUCGAGGCGUAUGAGAAGAUUCUCACGCGUGAGCUCAAAACGCGCGAUCCAACUUCCAUGAACUUGGCGACUCAGCGAAAUGAGAUUGAACAGACCCAGAAGGGAAGACGGGGCCAAAUGGCGCAGAUCGUCCGGGCAGGCUUAGAGAGGACCGCGAAAGAAGCAGCCGUCAAGGAAGGGAUCCAGGAUGGAAUGCAAGCCGUAUAUGCCGUGAAGCAGAUAGUAGACACGGCUGUUCAGGCCUCUCCCGAAGCUGCCGUUGCUUGGGUCGGCAUCUGCUUCGCUCUAGAGGGGCUUACCUACGUCGUGUCGAGAAUGGAUUGGUACUGGAACUUGGCGGUUUUCCAUCUCGAUGAGAACAGGGCCGAGACGUCGUCUGUAGCGCUGUGGGACCAGCUCGAGAAGCACAUGAAGAGCGUCGUCAGAUACUACCGUAACCGGACCAUAUUCUUCCUGAGGAACAUUUUGAGGAUUGACAACUGGGAUGGCAAUCUGGACGAAAUUCGAAAUGCUGAGGACGCGGUUCGGAAAGAUUCUGAACAAUACAACACUGAGCAGAUCAAAGAUCACCUUCAAACCAUCUCCAUUGCCGCAGAUUCCCAGCAGAUAAAGCUUCAAGACAUCUUUUUGGCUCUGCAGGACGAGAAGAAACGACAAUGUCUGAAGAAUUUACGGGUUACGGACCCUCGAGAUGACAAGGCUCGCAUCGAGAGUACGAAAGGAGGUCUGCUGGAAGAAUCCUAUCGCUGGAUUCUCGACUACCCCGACUUUGUAGCGUGGCGAAAUGGGCGGACCAACAACAGCUGCUCAACUUUCAUUUCCGAAUCGUCUUCAUCUCUCGCGAAGUGGGUCGUCUCUAGCCGCGACAGGCCCGAGAUCGAGCAGCAGCUAAAGCUGGGUGGCUUGAGACUAGAGCUUAGUCUCGAGUCAGAGUCGAAUGCAGAGCAGAUGUCUCAUGCCGUCAAUGCUUACAUCGACUCGAAAGUGGCAGAAAUCUAA